AUGGCCUUCGCACCCACACCCACACCCACCGGCGCCCCCAGCGACGACGGCAAACGCGCGGCGAAGACGUCGCCGUCGGACCUGCCCCCCGCGCGCGAGGGCAAGAUGCUCCGGUCGGUGUCGCCGCCUUUCGCGGGGACGUCCCUGCGGCGGUUCAACUACGCGCUCGCGCUCGCGGCGCUCGCCGUGCUCGCGGUGUACGCGUACCGGCUCGUCGCGUUCAAGCAUGAGGUCGGCGGCUGGUGGAACCUCGCGCUCGGCCGGCGCACGCCCGCCAUGCGCGAGCACGGGCACGGGCACGAGCACGGGCGGGAGGCGCACUACGCACACGGGCACGGGUACGGGUGCAGACACCAACACAAGCACGAAGGAGACGGAGAAGGGGGAGACGGGAGGACGUCGGUGGAGAGCAAGAUCGAGGCGCUCGCGGCGGCGCUGGGCGUGGACUCGCCGGACCUCGCGCGCGCGAUCGGGGACGCGGUGCGGGCGCACGUCCCGCCCGCGAGCCUCUCGUCCGUCGCGGCGCACGAGCCGUCGGGCGCGGCGGUGAAGUGGCUGGUGGAGCCGAAGGAGGCGGAGGCGUCGGGGACGGGGGGCGCGGCGGAGGCGGUCGUCAGUGCGUUUGAGGCCGCGGUCGGACUGGAGGGGCCGCCGAACGAUGUGGUUUGA